UCGCCGCAGAGUUGGUAUAUGUUUGUGUGAGUGUUUUAUUUUGACAAAACAUUUUUAUUUGCAUUUGUGAUCAUAAGAAAAAGAAAAACAAAACUUUGUUUUUUUGCAAAGAACAUUCUAAAAAUUACUUAUAAAUAUAAUUAUUUUACUAGAAAUUUUUAAUUUACAAUUUCUUUUUUUAAAUGUUGUGCAAGUAAUUGUUAUUUGUUAACUCCUGUUGUACAACAAAAAUAGGAAAACAAAUUUGUUAUUUGAGGGUUUUAAAGAACAAAAUUAAAAUUUAAUAAAAUAUAGAAAAAAUGUUAAUGCGAACUCAGCAAUUUAACAAUUUAGACUAUCGUCGUCGCCAAAUUGAUACUUUAAAAGUAUUCAAUGACAAUGUGGUUGAGGUCUGUGAUUUGGAAGAAUAUUGCAUACAUUUCGAGUCCGGAGGACGCAAUUUCAUAUUAUCCGUUUUAUUGGGUGUUAACUUUCCCAAUGAAAAGCCCAAAUUGAUGUUAUCCCCUUUGGUGCAACAUUUAUGGGUAAAUGCCUCUACCGGUGAGGUGGAAUCGGCUCCAGGUUUGUUAAAUUAUUCUCCUCAUUCAGAUUUGGGACGAGUUGUACAGGCUGUAAUACGAGAGUUUGAACGUUUCCCACCACCUGUUAUUAAGGCCAACAGUCCUAUAAACAUACCCCCGCCUAAUAAUACCUCCCUAGGGGCUCAGCAAACAAUGCUGCCUCAGACACAUCAUCAUUCCCAUCAUUCACAUCAUCAUCAUCCCUAUCCCCUACAAGUGGCCAAAUCUUUGGAUAGCGGCACCAGCAGUGGUGCCUCGAAUAGCACCAACAGCAGCAAAGAAACUUCACCACAUGAUCCCUCCAAAUCCACUUCGCCUCGUUUAAAUGAAAGCAGUUUUCCAAAUCUUUCUACCCUCUCGCUGGAUGAACUUAAACAGCUGGACAAUGAUCCCGAGUUCUUUGAUGAUUUCAUAGAGGAAAUGUCUGUGGUGCAGCAGUUAAAUGAGGAUCUAGAUUCCAUGAUUAAUCAAGUAGAAUCAAUUUCCAAAGAAAAUGAAACCAAGGAAACCCAUCUCGUGGAAUUGAAACGUAAACUAAGUGAUGAUGUUACAACACUUAAGCAUUUAGGCGAAAAAUGUGAUCAAUUGAAUAAGAAAUAUCUUAAGAAAUCGGAGGAAUAUAAUCCACAACAUAUAAGAGAGCUGUUGCAAAUAGCUGCCUCCAAUGCAGACACAGAAUGUGAACGUCAUGUGGAGCAAUUUCUAAAUGGUAAAAUUGAUGUGCAAACAUUUUUGCAAAGUUACACACACUGCAAGAAGCUAAGUUCGGAACGUAAAGCCAAAGAGGAACGUUUGGGCCAACAGUUAACGGCUCUAGAAAGAGCGGGCAUUUAAUGGAAUAGUUGGUGUAUUUUGCUCAUUAGCUUAAAUUAUGCGGCAGUAGAAAAACAAUAAUAAAUCUUCAACAGCCUGGUGCUGGGGCUUUAUAUUUUAGUGUCUUAGUUUUUUUUUUUUUUAGUUAUUGUUUUCAAUUACAAUUUGUUGUUCUUUUUAUGUUAAUUAUAUACUUUUAUUAUCACUCUUUAUUAUAUUCCUUUUUAAUUUUUUUUAUUAGAUUUUAAUUUCUUUUCUAAAAGCUUAAGCUUUUUAACCAGUGGUCUUAUCUCAGCUAAAAAGUUGGAAUUCCAUAAAUCUAUUCAAAAGCUUAAUUAAAGAAAUAUCUCUCCUUGUAACAAAAAUAAACCAAAAUCACUCUAGUUAAAUAGUUCUAUUUUUAAAAGAUAUAUAUUUUAUUAUUAUUAAUUUAUUAUUGUUUGUUUCAUUUCAAUUUUUGUUUUAAAUUUAUUUAAUAGCUAUUAGUAGUUAUAGAAAAACAAUCUCCUAUUAUCAAAGAAUUUACAACAAAUGUUGGGCAUUUCCUAUAUUAGUCAACAUUUGUUGGGUUUUUCUUUGGAAACUUUUAAAAGAAUUUCAAAGUAAUAAAGUUUAUUUCGUUUAAAAAGAACAAAAUAUUAUUAUAAGAAAAAUGUAAAC